GCCGCCAUAUUGUUGUACGGUAAGUACGCUAGGCAUGUCGGGAGGAUGAGCCCGUUUUAAAGGAGUUGGCGGCGGGAAUCUAAAUUCAUUCGCUUCUGAAAGUCGCCGAAAUUGGGUGUUGUGAGUCCUGCUAUCUCUGCCCGAGAAGGGAGGAAAAGAUCCGCACGAAGAGCUGCCAUUAAAACCUGCUUCUUGCCCUUACGAAUACCUCUCCGAAUUGCUGCUUUUCUUCCUUUUUAAAAUGAGACUAACACUCCCUGUAACUGUAGCCUGCGCCGCGUGAAGCUUGGAAUUCGGGGGACGUUCUCCGUCAUCUAGGUGUCUUCUAAACAAAACAAACAGCCUCUGGGAGCGGGAGGGCCCAUGGCAGCUUCCCAGAGACAUGGUAUUUUAUAUCAGCUGGAAAGACUGGAGGCUUCUGAACAGAGAUCAACCAGGAGACAAGAGCGGCACCAGGAACUGGAGGAUACAGAAAGUGACUUGGAAGGGAAGAUCCUUAAGCUGAGAAAACUUCGGGAUGAACUGAAGACUAAAGUAAAGCUACAGGAAGCCAGUGCCAGAAUACCCAUCACUAACCUAGAGCCCUAUGAAGAAUUGAAGAACUGUAAGGAAAAUUUGGAGAUGAAAUUGGAAAAAGCUAAAGCUUUCUUUCAGGCAUUCCAUUUAACAGGGCUUAAUGGCAGAUUGACCACGAAAGGGGUUUGUCUGUGCUUCAACACUGCUUUUGAGGGAAAUAUCUUGGAUUCCUAUUAUGUGGAUGUUAUCAUCAAGAAACCACUAACAAUACAACGCCAUUCAGUUCCAGUCUUCAUACCCCUGGAACAGAUAGCUGCAAAAUACUUACAGACCAAUUUUCAAAAUUUUGUGUAUAGUCUCAGCGAACACCUAAAUGCAUAUUCUGGAAGAAAAUACCAGGCAGAUCAAGUCCAGAGUGGCUUUUCAGCUUUCCUGGCCAGGCCCUUGCAGAGAAAUUCGCUGUGCACUUUGCUGUCAUUCACGUACACCAUGGACCCCAAUGAAGAGUCCUUCCCUUUUUGUGCCAGGCUUUUGUACCAUGAUCUCACAAUUACUCUUCCCACCAGUGUCACAAUUACGUAUCAAGGGACAGGAGCAACACCUGCCUCGUGGGAGGACCAGCGAGCAGUACAUGUGACUUUAUUCUAUAAAAAUGCCCUUCAUAAGGUGUUUGAAUCUUUUUUGAGAGUAGAAAAGAACUUUGAUUGUUUAUCCAGCAUACCCAGAAGCAGAUGAAUCUGUUCCUUGGAAAACACAUGCAGAAUGAUCAGGAGCACAAUAUUAUUCAAUGCCUUUUGGAACCGACAACUAUUUGAUAGACUCUGGCUCUGACUCCACACUUUCUCUAUCAUAAAUUUUCCUGUGCAUGUGAACGGCCACACCCAACUUUUCAAAUGGCCUAUAGGGAAGACAAGUCUGUGAGCCUGUAGAUAAUAAUCUUAAAGGUUAAGCUGUUGUGACCAGCCAGUGCUUGGAUAGCUUGGACAGUAAGAGGACAGAAUGGUUUGCUGAAUACUUUUUGAGGCCGAUAACUUGCUUUAUAUCAGCAAAUGAAACAAAGCAUUGAGGAAUAUUCUGGUGGAGAUAGGAGACGGAAAAGUUCAUUGAACCAAAGACUCCUAUCAGUAACUCAUGGAAGCUUUACUUGUAUUGUGUACUUUGUAUUAUUUUUAUUUUCUCAUUUUCUUAUGAAGAUGAACAAAAAUGGCUUUGAAAAUGAAAUUAUCAGAGGAUAAAAAUAUGUAUAUAUGUUGUGUAUAUUAGUCCGUGGUAUAAACCAAUGUAGCCUAAACUAAUGUCUUGUUUUGGUUGUAUUCAAUUAGAAAAGAUUAUUUGGAAUAAGUAGAUCAAAUAAAUACUAUCUGGCUAGAGCAUUCUUAAUCCAUCUGUGAGAAACCUUAGUGGGAGAAAAUAAACUAGGAUCUACUCCAACCUAAUCAUAUCCCCUCUGAUGCUUUAGUCACCUAUAUUCCCAAAUCCUUCCUUCCCUCAAGAAAUAUUACCCAGAUCUUCAUCUUUGUUUAUCCCUUUUUCUAUGAACCUUAAAUCCUUGUCUGAGUCCUUCUCUAAGAAAACCUGGCUUU